GUUUUAAUAACCUCGUACGCGCGAGCCGAUUCGUUUAUUGAAAUCGUUAAUAACCGUGUGUCGCGACGCUACCGAAAAUAUGACGGAAGUGGCGAAAAUAUCGGUCGAAAAGUUCGACAGCAAGGAGCAGAUCCUGUUCGUCGUCGACAAGGCUCUCGGCCUUUUCGAAAACGUCAAACUCAUUUGCAGGAAAACGGGACUGCCAGAAUCUCAUGUUUACGGACUCAAAUUUCUACCGACCAAAGACAAUCCCCUGGCGACCCAUUACAUAUCGGAAACAAACUUCGGCACAAUCAAACACAACGACUGCCUAAAGGUGGUGUUUUCCAUCAAAUACAUGACCCAACGCAUCGUAAACAACCUCCACGACGAGAACGUAAGGCCCAUAUGCUUUAAAGACCUAUCCAGGCUGUGCCUGGAUCCAAUAUUUAUCGAAGAGCUCGUUGAGGAGGGCAAACACAAGAGCUUAAUAGAAGAGUUCACCGACGCCAUCCUCGAAUCGGAGGAGCAACUGCCUCUCCUGGUAACGGUGGUGCACCUGUUCCAGAAGGGCCACAUCGAAGACACGUCCCAAAAUAUAUUGCAGAAGACCCUCAACGUUCUGAAAUGUUCAGACACGACAGCCGAGGAAGCCAAAUACUGUCUGUCUUUGCUGCAGAAGGUGCUCAUCAGCAAAAAUACGGCGUUCGACCAGUGGAAAAUAAAGAUAAUAAGGGAAGUCCCGAUCACCGAAAUCGUUCCGUACAUUUGGAGCGAGGACAACGGCGACCUCCAAUACUCCGCCCUACUCCUCAUCAAUACCAUCAUCAAGUGUUGCAAAGGUGACAAGAAAGUGGCACUAAUUAAGGAGAUGAACCUGAGAAAGAACAGGGAAAACGUGUACAAACACAUCAUACUCAAAGGGGACCUGGAAAGGAACAUGGAACACGAGCUCUACGUGUUGCAAACGUACAUUUUCAGCCUGCUAACCGAAGCGUUGCAAACUGAGAUCGCGCUAAACGACAACCAGGUGUUCAACAAAGACGAAUUCGAACUGUGCACGGAAGACAUCAGACGCAUUACAAUUCUGAUGGACUUCGACGAGGAAAAUUUCCAAAACCACAACCGCUACUCGGUCGACAGUUUGUUUUUAAACAAUACCAGCGAUUCUAGCAGGUUGUCGCUGGCAUCAUUCGCGACAGACGAGGGUUCUAAAUCUAGCCACAGAUCGUCGAGGAAAAUCAACGAAAUCAUCGACUACGAAAACUUCAGCAUUAACCAGCUGACGCUCGACGCCCUGAGGCAUUACAAGAAGUACCACUAUAACAAUUUUCACCAGUCGCAGAUCGAGGAGAAACUCUACGAACCCGGCAUUUUCGUUACCAGUGAGAGGAUUGUCAAAAUACUGGCGAAAAUAUUGCACGUCGGAAUGGACCAGCCAGACGCCAAAAGCACCUCUUACCAACCGGCAGUGUUUAACUGUUCGCCAAGGACGCCGUUCUUCUUGGAGUUGUUUUCCAGGACCAUGUGGCUCCUGUCAAAGACCAGGCGAGAGAUGAAAGCGUCCACCAUAACGGAUUACCCGAAGGUGAUGAAAAUUUUGGAGAAACAACUGAAGAUGGCGUUAAAGAACAAACCCAAAGACUUUAAAGACCUAACCAAUAUGCUGUCGAACACAUCUUUCAAGACAGUUGUCGAACAGGUUCAGAGAGACAAGGAACAAGAGUUCAAAACCCUGCAACAACACAACCCGUGCGUGAUCGAACUGAAAGAGAGGCUGACAUUACAAAAUCGCACUUUCGUCGACCAAAACAGGAUACGCUGCCUGCUGGUCGGAGCGCAUUUCCCGAAAGUCCUUGAAAAGAAAACCAGCGGGAACAUUUUCGUGCAACUCUGCAGGAACGAAAAAGAGCUCGCGGUCUAUAACAUGAGCGACGUGAAAACCAACAAGAUGGAUUUUCAGGAGAAGCACAAGAUAGAAGACAUCACCCAUGUGGUUGUUGGCAAAAAUUGCAAACAUGCGAACCUCACAAGGACAUCCGCGAAACGUCCUAGAGAUAUGUGACGGAACAUGGGGGUAUACUGUUUCAGCUAAGGGACAUCCUUAAGACGUCUCGAGGAUAUACGAUGUUACUAAUUGGAACGUCCACAGUAUAUCAGAUACGUAUGUCCGUAGGACGUUUGUUAGGACAUACUAAGGAUAUCCAGUUAUACUAGUUGAGACGUCAUUAGUAUAUCCGACUGUGGGGAUAUAGGAUCUUAUAUAGAUAUACCAGUAGACCUUUCUUAUAGUUAGGUUAGGUUAUUUCCAACAGCCUAUGAGAAAUACUGGAAAGGUAAUGUCCAGUAGUCCAAUUGGUUGUACGACUUCAAAAAUUCUACCCCAGUAUUUUGUACUCGCGUGUGAUGGAACUAACCUAUUGGGUAUGGUUGGUGAAGUCAUCACUGGAAUAGCAGGCGAUAUUUGAAAUGCACAAGUUUUUUCCAAUUAAAGUAAAAGUGAAGGACUGCCGAUUGACACCAAUAAUAAAACACAUUUUAUACACAUUUUUUUCGAUUGUAGAUAUGAAAAAAUUGUAGGUCUAUAAUAUAGCAAAAAUAUAGAACAACCUAACCCAAAGUAUCUUAAAUAUAGGGUAAUAUACUAUAUCUUGAACUAAACUCUUGCAGAAUAACUAAUAUUUGAAAGGUCUUCCGUCAUUUUUUGGUGAAAGUAGCUCUUUUCAGCCAAGCAGCUAUUGAAUUCUCACAUUCUUUUGAGGUUUGUGAUGUGUUAGCCUUCUUAUCCGCAUCUGAAAAUAUUUUAGUUUUGGUUAGGUUUUGUAUAUCUGUACUUUAUUAGAAAAAACGAGACUGAUAUCUUAUAGGUUUAAAAAACAGAUUUAUAAAAUCCCUACAUCCGCCUUUUACGCAAAGGCUUGAUUUGACUCUGAUAGUACUCUCAUGAAAGUGAUCUUAGAUGCUAAUUUCCACGAUGAUGUAGGUAUAUAUACGUUUAUGUAUUUCAUUUCAUUAAAUACACAGCUGAUUAAACUCUAAUCGGUAAGAUCUCUUUCAUGCGAGUUUCCUAGUUUUUUUUGCUCGUGUUACUAUCACCAUGAAAACAAGCCUUAAAAAAUAGGAAAAACUUUUUCAGAAUUAACCAUUUUAAUAUGAAAAUUGUACUUUAUGCAAGAUGAUUCCUAAAAUUAAUUCUUUGUUUUUGGGGGCUGAUUCUUGCAUCCGUUUUAAGAAAAAAAUAUACUAACUAUACUAUAUAAUUAAAAAUAUAAUUUUGUUCUGGGGGAUUUUCUCUAACAUUGUUUAUUUAAAUAAAAAAUUAGUUUUGUAUGCCUAAAUUUAACUGCUCAAAAAGCAUGAAGAGAAAGUUAGUUUUAUCUUAACUCGGUCCAGCAAUCACUCCUUAAAAGAAGUAUCAACUAAGCAAUCGCCAUAAUAUAUAAUUUAUUUAUAUUAUAUUUACAUCCUAUUUAUUUUUAAAAAACAUAAUAUCUACUUACCGAAUAUUAACUUGGAAAAUUUUCAUUUUGAAAAUUUAUUCUUUUUCUUCAUGCCGAACCAAUUAAAUUUUAUUGCAAGUUCAUUUGAAAUCUGCGGGGUCAGAGCUUAUUUUACAAACUCAUAACUGCUGCCGCCUCCUGAUCAGGUUAGAAUUUAUCAAAUCUUAUAUAUUACCAUAAAGCUUUACUUACAUGAGUUAUUGGUUCUUCAGUAAUAAUAAUACUAAUAAUACUAAUAAUAAAAACACCGAAAGCAUAUACCGUAUACCGCCGACAAAAACAAGGCUGAAAAGAUGGCGGACGUCGAGACGGAGAGAAGCCGACGAGACUCGAGCGAAUCCGGCACGGCACGUCAAAUGGGACCUUAUAAACAACUAUAUUAUUUUUACGUUUUUGUAAUCUUUUUACUUAGGCAAUCCGUAUUUUCUGUGGCAUUUUUAUUAAAGAGCGUGUCUGGUCUCGUUCGAGUCCAAAAAUAAUAAAAACAAGUUGAUUUUAAAGGUUUGAUUCCGUUUUUUUUUAGGACUUGGCAACACUGACGUCGAUGUAGAUAUGCACAAAAAUGUUGCCAAUAAAAUGUCUCCCAAAAAAACUAAGUAUUUUCCUACUCAGUUGCUCAAAAUUUAACUUUUUAGGUUUCAUUUUGUUUUACGGUUUUUCACUUUUUUCCCUUAUUUCUAUUCUAAUGUUCCCAUUAUGGCGCACGGGCCAUCUAUUUAGAGGAUAUCUGUGGUAUAUCGUGUAAAGUAAAUUCGCAAGCUAUCCAUUCAGAGGGUAUCCCUGGAAUGUAUUUUACAGUAUAUUCUUAGUAUAUAUGCUAACGUAUAUCCUAAGAAUGUCCUCGACAUGUCCCGGGACAUGCGACUUAAAUGGGACAUUGACCGGAUAUACUGGGGAUAUUGUGUGCUAUCUGUGCACACACUUAAUUCGCUUUUCUCUGAAUAGUUAACGGGAUCUGAACCUAUUUUGAGAAAAUACUGCAGUAAAAAGAGAACAGUUCCAUCGACACACUGUCGGCAGCCACGUUAAACGCCGCUAUGACAGUCAGUGCAUAUUUACUAUUUUUUUCAUAGUAACUCUAAAAAUUUCUCUAUUAUCGGCAAAGAA